AAAGAACCUCAACUUGAAAAAUCAAAAUUAACAUGGCAUUUUACGUUCGCAUUUCCAUGGAGUUAUUAACAUGGGCUUCCUUAUUUUUCUGCUCUACAAUUUCUAUUGGCACUGGCAGCACAUUUGUGACCAGGACAACACCGGAGGCACUAGCUCUGUGGAAGAGUGGGUGGUGGAAUGCCUCCAUCAACAACGUUGCAGACCAUUGUAGCUGGCCUGGUAUAACAUGCAACGGUGCUGGGAGCAUUACCGAGAUUAGUCCACCUGAUUUUAGUGUGGGAAAGAAGUUUGGAAAAAUAAACUUCUCUUCCUUCCCCAAUCUUGUUCGCCUUAAUCUUAGCCUUCAAGGACUCUAUGGGAGCAUCCCACCUCAAAUUGGUGAUCUUACAAGACUCGAGCACCUUAAUCUGUCCAACAACGAUCUAACAGGUACAUUGCCUUCUUCACUUGGAAAUCUCACUCAAUUACGGAUGCUUGACGUAUCUUUCAAUUACAUAAACUCCAUCUCCCUAAAAUUCAGGAGUUUGAAGAAUCUUGUUUCUUUGAACUUGACUGGGAACAACCUCAAUGCAUCCACUGCUCCAAUUAUAGGCCUUCCCACCAAUCUUUCCCACUUGGAGUUGACCGGAAAUCCUUUUGAUUGUAGUAUCCCUCUAGAAAUAUGGAACUUGAAGAGUCUUGUAGCCUUAGACAUGAGCGAUUGCUCCCUCAGUGGUCCAAUCUCUUCCAACAUCAGUCAUUUAACCAAUCUGGUUUCUUUGUCUCUUGCAAACAAUCAAAUCAAUGGAUCCAUACCUUCAGAAAUAUGGAACUUGAAGAGUCUUGUAGCCUUAGACAUGAGCGGUUGCUCCCUCAAUGGUCCAAUCUCUUCCAACAUCAGUCAUUUAACCAAUCUGGUUUCUUUGUCUCUUGCAAACAAUCAAAUCAAUGGAUCCAUACCUUCAGAAAUGGGAAAUUUAAAGAACUUGGUUUCUCUGGAUCUAUCUGGAAACUUGUUUGUGGGUCUAAUACCAUCCCGUCUUGGACAAUUAACCAGUUUGACAUUUCUAGAUCUCAGUUUCAAUUCAUUUAGUGGCUCCAUCCCUCCAGAAUUUGGGGAUUUGACGAAUCUCACUGAUCUUCGCAUGAAACACUGCGGACUUGUUGGUUCGCUCCCUCCAACUUUGGGUCAAUUGACAAAUUUGAGAUACUUGUUUCUUUAUGAGAAUCAAAUCAAUGGCUUCAUCCCUUCGGAAUUGACAAACCUUAAGAGCUUGAUUGGUUUGUAUCUUUUGCAAAACCGUUUAGGGGGCACAAUCCCAUCAUCUUUGAGUCUCUUUUCCAAUUUGAGUGUUUACAAGGCACAAUUGCCAAAUGGCAAAGUAGUUGCCUUAAAAAAACUUCAUCGGAGGGAAUCAGAGGUACCCACUUUUGAUAGGAGUUUUAGGAAUGAAGCUAAGAUGUUGACAGAAAUACGACAUAAGAAUAUUGUCAAGCUUCAUGGGUUCUGUUUGCAUAGACAGUGCAUGUUUUUGAUCUAUGAAUACAUGGAAAGAGGAAGCUUGUUUUGUGUUCUUAGAGAUGAUGCUGAAGCUGUGGAAUUGGACUGGAUGAAAAGGGUGAAUGUCAUAAAAAACACAGCACAUGCUUUGUGUUACCUUCACCAUGACUGUACCCCACCCAUCCUUCAUCGGGACAUAUCAAGCAACAACAUUCUAUUAAACUCGGAGUUAGAGGCUUUUGUUUCUGACUUUGGAAAUGCUAGGCUUUUGGAUCCUGAUUCAUCUAAUCAUACCACACUUGCUGGCACCUAUGGUUAUAUUGCCCCAGAGCUUGCCUAUACAAUUGUUGUGACUGAGAAAUGUGAUGUUUAUAGCUUUGGGGUUGUAGCAUUGGAAGUACUAAUGGGAAGGCAUCCUAGAGAACUGUUGACAUUGUUAUCAAAACCAUAUUCUUUGCAAAAUGUGAUGCUAAGUGAUGUAUUGGACACACGUCUAUCGGCUCCAAGAAGCAGAAAUGUUAUCCAAAGUAUUGUUGUUGCUGUUAUGCUUGCAUUGGCUUGCUUGCGUGCAAAACCCAAGUCCAGACCAACAAUGAAAUAUGUGUCUCGACAAUUUGUUGCCUGCCAAAAACAGCUUUUGAAGCCUAUUUCAACUAUUUCUUUGUUGGAACUUGUAAGUUCCGAUUUGGGGAUGGAAAAUGGAAGGGAACCUCAACCGGAAAUUGUAUUAGAACUUGCAAAACUAAAUACUGAUUUGGGGAUGGAAAAUGAGAGAGAACAUUCAGAAGUUUCAUGUCAUCUAGAUGAGUUCCAUGGUUCUUCCUCAAAUUAGAUUCAAUCGAGUUUCCUUGUCCUUUUUUUUUUUUUUGAAAAAAUAAAUCUGUUUGCCUAUU